GGAGCUUUCCUAAAACGCGGCGUAUUAACGUCAGUGAGACGCUACGGUUACUCUGCCUGCAAACUGGUCUGACAGUUUCAUCAGCAGCUCGUGCAGUUAGGGGAGGAGUCGUGCACGUGGAGGGCCCACCUCUGUUAAAUUGUGUGUUUGGUAAAUGAAAGAAAAAAACACGUCCAAGAAGAUGUGCAAGACACAAUAAAAGACGUUUUACAAGGAAGAUACACACACGAAGAGUUAAACUGGGACUUAACGAGGCCGAGUAAGUACAAACUCUCUUUAACUACAACCAUACUGAGAAACAGCAGAAUAUUUGACUGUACAUUAUCAAACAUGAGGAGUUUUUUUUGUUGACAUUUUAAUAUUGACCCACACUGUCUCAUUUAAAAGUUAAAGGUUUUGUUUUAAAAGCUGAUGUUGUGUUUAUCUCACUCUUUGUGUCUCUCUUUGUUAAAUUUAAGAUAUUAAAGUGGACAUGCUGCUGCAGAGGCUUUCAGUCUGCUUGAGGACAUCUCAGGAUAUCCAGAGACACGUAUGCCGGUUACUCACGAGACCACUGACACAAGGUAAGUAAUAAUGAAGUGCAACACUGUGAUGCUGUAUGUGUCCCAUAGAAACACUAAAUAGGUUAUACCUAUUUUAAAAGGUUACUAAAUAGGUUUUGUAUAAAGCAGCCCGAGUUAAAGCUGAGCAACAAGUCUUAAACUACAAAAAAGGAAGAUUAACAAAACUUUUAACUAUGUUGUUAUGGGGUGUAUUUUUUUAGUUUUGAGUUUUCAAACAUGCAUGCAGAAGUAGACUGUUUUUGUUGGUUUGUUUGUGUUGGUGUAUACAGUAUGUGCCACUAUUUCAUAAGAUUUUGUUUUGAUAGAUCAGCUGACAAAGUACCAGUGAUAAAACAUUAGUCAGUUACAAGCCAGAAAUUGACCAUAUUUUUUAGAUUUUUGUAAGUUUUUUAACAAGCAGCAAUGCCAAACCUUUGCUAUGCUCCUUCAUAUGAAUGCAGAUUUAUAGAUUUUAUUUUCAUUUGCAAAAAAUAGCAAUAAGUGCACAGAGCAAUUGGAUCGACCUAUCUGAGAAUAUACAUUGCAACUGUGACAGUUUUCUUUUUGCCUACAGGGAGUUUUCUGACCCUCUCUAGUGUGUAAAGAUUUCAUGGUUUUCCCCCCUUUCUCUCUCUCUCUCUCUUUCCAUGUCUGUUCCUGCUUGUCUCUCUCAUGCGCCUCAUUGCUCCAGAGAGAUGUGUAAUGUCAGCACAGGCCUUUCUGCCUGCACUGCUGAUGUGGCACUUUGAAAGCUGUGAUUAUCUGUUUCCCUGGUUACAGAUGGCUCAACUCUAUUUGUUUCAGCCAUGUAAUCAAUGAAUCGAAAAGCCCAGCAAAACAUGCCUGUUUGCACGGUUAUGCAAUGUUUACAUUGUUUCCUGUGGAAGUGUAUAAACUAAUACGUCAAUACAUUUAUAGGUUUUAUCUUACAGUUUUGCAACGACUUGAGAUGCUGCCUCAACCACAGCACUGCUUAUGUCUUGUUAGUCUACUUUCCUAUUAAAUUUGUAUGUAGAUUUUUAGUCAAUGUAGGUUUCUUUUCAGACUCAUCAAAUUUGAAUUUUGCUCAAAGAAAGUUUCUCAUCAUGCUUUUCCAAAGAAUUAUAGAUGUGUAUGCGAUAAAAACCAACCACUUUUUACCCGCAAUGUAAUAUGUAUAUCUUUCCCUCUGAAUAGUGGUCCAGAGGAGAGCUCAUGGUAGCUCCUUCGCACAUCGCGGUGAACUGCGUCAGGCCAAAAGGAUCGUGGUCAAGCUCGGCAGUGCCGUGGUCACCCGUGGUGAUGAAUGUGGCCUGGCUCUGGGGAGGCUGGCCUCCAUUGUAGAGCAGGUGAGAGGCCAAGUGGAAGCACAGACAGUAUACUAUUGAAGUGUAAAUAACUCCAGGGGUAUUUACAGAGUUCUUGACGGGUAGGAAAGUCAACAGAGAAUACAAGCUUACGAUGCUGCCUGGUUAAGUUCCGUGAUGUGUGAACUUAUAAGUGGGUCAAUUGUAGUUUAUAUAUAAGGACGUUUAUGGAACCCAGCUCACUGAUUUAGAUACCCUUGUUCAUUAUGUAAUUCCUUUUUUAGCUUGGUUCAACAAAUCUAUAUUAAUAGCCUCACGUACCUGAUUCUACUUCACUUACUAUCCAUGAGAUGUUUUAGCCAGCUGUUACAUUAACAAUUAGAGAGAAAAAAAUCGUCAAACAGCCCUCAAAACUAUGAACAAUGCAAUUUAAUUAAACACAGUAAACAUUUGGGAUGGAUCAUUAAAAUGAAUGAAUGACAACUAUUGUUAGUUUAGUGAGUGAGUGUUUUUGUGCUUUGGUUAUCAUAGUUAGUUUCAGACUGAUUGUUUAGUUUUUAUCUCAUCCAAAAUUUAUGUUUUCACUGAUUAUUAAGUACUCUACAGCAACAUCAAGAAACAGCAUCCUCCUCAUUUUGGAUUAUCUGUCAAAUGUACAUAGUUCGAAUAUGUCUGAAUGUUUCCUUGGUAGAAAGUAGCUUCAAUAAGAAAUACCAUGUGCGUUAUAUAUAGGUUUACAUGUUUAUAACUAUUUAAUAUUAACUUUAAGCAUAGAAAAGAGAUUCCACCAGACCAUUUUAUAAUGGCAGGUGUCUUAGGGACAUGUAUCUAAAGAUAGGGGCAUGCAAGACCAUCUUUGGGGGGUAGGGGGUGUGAACCUGUUUUUGAAAAGCUUCAAACAAACGACCAGAAUUCUUUGAACUCAGCCGUGUACGAGUCCUAAUUGGGUGAACUGUUGUCCAGGUGGCCAUGCUGCAGAACCAAGGCAGGGAGAUGUUGAUUGUCACCAGUGGAGCUGUGGCCUUUGGCAAACAAAGAUUAAGACAUGAGAUCCUGCUGUCCCAGAGUGUCAGACAGGCACUGCACUCAGGACACAACCAACUCAAAGACAUGGUAAGGAAAGGUGGAGGUAAAGUAGAAAACAGCGCCAAGACACAUAAAGAAGUUGUUUCUUCUACUUUCUUUAGUUGGAAACUUCUUCAUCAUUUAGUUUUUUUUUUACCCAACCUAGCCUUCAUCGCAGUGCUGUUCUGAUAAUCUUUCCAGUUUAACCACAAGGGUGUUACUCUACAUAUAAUUAAUGGUGAAAGUGAGGAAGUAGCAUUCAGCUUGUUUGACACCUGGUCCAUCUAUCAAAAGAUAUUUGCCCUUUAAAUAAAAAAGCUUUGUCUUUUUCAAUUGAUGUUAAUCCUAUUUUUCUAAAAAUGUCCCUGUGCUGCUUUGGUACCGUGGAUGUUAUCCCAUCUUAUCCCUAUCUUUCAGGAUUAUAAACUCAAGUUAGAUAUUGCUGGUUGCAAAAGCAAACAAACUCAACAGUUGCACCAUGUGCUACUGUGCAGUGCAUUCAGAUUGAUGCACUUACUAGUGAUAUCUACUGUAUUUGUGUUGCAGUCUUUACCGGUGCUGGAGGCUCGAGCCUGUGCUGCAGCUGGACAAAGUGGUCUUAUGGCCCUGUAUGAGGCCAUGUUCACCCAGUACAGCACUUGCACUGCACAGGUAGUUACAUACUUUGGAGCAAAAUAUUAAAAACUGUAUGAUACAUGCCUAGGAACAGAUUCAAUUCUCCCGAUCACUGCUCUGGCUUAACCAUCUUCCUGCUCUCUUCAGGUCCUGGUGACAAAUCUCGAUUUCCAUGAUGACGAAAAGAGGCAGAACCUGAGCAGCACUCUGCAGGAGCUGCUGCGCAUGAAUAUCGUCCCCAUCAUCAACACCAACGACGCUGUGGUGCCCCCACCGGAGCCCAACAGCGACCUGCAGGGGGUAAAUGUGGGUACAGACUUUAAGGGAGGGGUGAGGCUUGUAGGGGUGAUGGUGGCAGUGGCAGCAGAGGGCUGGGAGGAACAGAGUUUAGUUUCAACCGCACACAUAUUAAAACAUCUCUGCCACCCUGCCUCACCUCAUCAGCUCUGCCCUUAACCAUAAAGGCAUGUGCAUGCCGAUGAAUGGAGAGGAGGCGCUGUAACAACUGGGCUGGACUAACUCUUGUAUGGAGACGUCUCCUCUACCUGUUCAACUGCAGAAUUAACUAACUCUCCUAACUCUUGGAGAUAAUUCCAAUCAACUCUCACACCUGCACACUAAUAUGCUGGGAGCACAACCAGCUCUUACCAUCACUAAUACUACCAUCACUUAACUGUUACAAAUAUAAGAAUAUACCUACUGGGUAUGACAUUGCCUUAAAGCAAAUGGAAAAACUCUGAGAUUGUAGAAAAUAAAUUCUGUUUAUAUGUUAAACACUAAUCUGUGAACACCAAUGGGCUUAAUUAAGUACUUUAUCUGAGGUAGAAUCAUCUCAUUUACUUUGCAUUAGCAUGUAAGAUGGAAAUUUGGGUGAGUGAUUUUUCUCUCAAUCAAAAUUUAUCUUUGCAAAGUCAUGGCAUAGUAUGCCAAAAGAUUCGGCUCGGCUUGCCUCGAGCCUUCGAGAAAAGACUGAAGUGGCAGAGGCUGACAUCCUGCCCCUGGUUCGAGGCAUUGAAGGGCUUACAUCAACAUCUUUCUGCUCCUGUAGGUGAUCAGCAUUAAGGACAAUGACAGUCUGGCAGCGCGGCUCGCCGUCGAGAUGAAGGCUGACCUGCUCAUCGCGCUGUCUGACGUGGAAGGUAUGUGUGUUACCACAACAACAGUCUGGGUCAGCUGUUAGGUAACAACACCAUCUGUCUGCGCUCCUCACUGGGAGAAAAACACACUCCUCUCAGGGUCAGUAAAGAGUCACAUGAGGGAGACAAACACCAACCUUCCUCCUUCAGCUUUGACAUUGAAGAUGAUGGGGUUGUAGGAAGUGCGUGUUGGCAUAAAGUGUGUCAAUAUUAGUUAAUUUUAAUCACCAGCAAGCAGAUUACUUAAGGGAACCGGAGGGUGACUGUCAUAUUAGGCUACCGUUUGUAUAAGCAAAGUGUGUGCGUUGCAUUUAAGAAACUAUUUAUGAAGGAAUUCUUAUUCCUCAGGACUUUACAACAGUCCCCCUGGAACAGAUGAUGCAAAGCUCAUUGACAUCUUCUAUCCUGGAGACCAACAAUCAAUCACUUACGGAACAAAGUCCAGAGUGGGGCUUGGUGGAAUGGAGGCCAAGGUAUGUGGAGACCCCCCUGAGUCACUUUGUUAAAAGUUUUUUCAGUCUCAAUCAAAUAACACACAACCAUAUGCAAUAAAUAAUCUUCAGUAGCACUUAUAAAACAUCCUGUGAUUGAAUCAGCUGUAUUCCUGCAGAAGGACUUAAACUUCUACAUUUCUACAAGUUUGAUGAAUAUCAAAACUUUGUAUUAAGAUGAUUCUGAGUACCUUUUGUCAUUGACAUCCUUACGACUAUGACUUUGCUGAAAUUCUCUGCAUAUUAGCCAAGUGUUCUUCUUGCUGAAGUUGUGGUUUUCUGACAGCUAUUCUGACAAAAGCAAGGACUCAAAGUGCAGACUUUGCAGAGACCUGUUUUAAGCUCUGAGUGACUGUCUGUAUUUUUCUACAGGUCAAGGCAGCUCUCUGGGCUCUUCAAGGGGGCACCUCAGUAGUCAUCGCAAACGGCACCAACCCCAAAGUGACAGGGCACGUCAUUACUGACAUCGUGGAGGGCAAGAAGGUUGGAACUUUCUUUUCCGAGAUCAAACCGGCAGGUCAGUUCACUUCGGCUCUCUCUUCACCUCCUCUCACAUGAGUGUAAUUAUAGUUAUACGGCAGCUUCAGCUCCACAUUUCCUUAAUUGCCAAUUUCUCACUGGCUCGACUACAUCAGUCCUGCACUGCAUCAUACCAUGAGAAAAGUAACAAUAAUUAGUUUUACUUUAGAGCCUAAUUAACUGAAAAAUAAGAUUACAUCAAGUAAAGUCUGUUUUUCCCCUGACCCUUCACCAGGACCGACUGUAGAGCAGCAGACGGAAAUGGCACGAAACUCUGGAAGGACCCUGGCAUCUCUGCACCCAGAGCAGGUGACACAUCUUUUUAAAGCAUGAAAAAAUGUCAGUUUUUGAAUCUGGAGAAGAUGAUCAAAUCAAUAUGUAAGUUUAGAUCCCGAGCUUGCCUUUAUUGGGUGUAGGGAAACACUGACCCCAUGUGGAUAAUUUUGCAAUGUGCUCAUCUUACUUGUCGUCUGUGUUUGCAGAGAAGUGAGAUAAUCUGCCAUCUCGCAGAGCUGUUGACUGAAAGGAAGGAGGAAAUUCUGGCUGCCAACAAGAUGGACAUGGAUAUGGCUGUAAAUGCAGGUAAAAGAGAACCAGUAGAUUUCUCUUAAACAUGGAUUAGCCUAAAAUACUGUUUUUCUCAAUGUUGCAAUUCAAACUUGCCUUGGGUAUGAUUUUUAGUUCCUCUCAGUGUAAAUCUACCACCAGAGGGCAUCUCUGUUACCUUCCCACCUUUAGUUACUGAAAACUCGCCAUCAUAAACCUACACACCUUCCCUUCUUUCUUUCUCCAGGCCACAUGCCACAAGCCAUGGUGAAGCGUCUAAGCUUGUCACCAUCCAAACUCAACAGCUUGGCUAUAGGUCUGCGCCAGAUUGCAGUGGCUGCUCAGGACAGCGUGGGUCGGGUUCUUCGCAGAACAAGGGUGGCUCAUAACCUGGAGCUGGAGCAGAUCACUGUGCCAAUUGGAGUUCUUCUGGUCAUCUUUGAGGCCAGACCUGACUGCCUGCCCCAGGUAUCCAGGCAGAGCUGCUGCAACACAAGCAGACACAAGCAGCAGUUUUAUUUCUAGAAAUUUGGGGAUUUUUUUGUUGUUGUUUGAAGAUUAGUUUGAAUGAAUGAACGCACAAAUAAAGAUCUCUCCAAAUAAUGUUUAGUUCAGCAAAAAUAUAAAGACUUACUAGCAUUUUUUUUCACAUUUUAACUUUUCAAGCUUUUUAGAAAUAACUGUAGUAAUGUCCAAAUACCUGUGUGUUUUCCUCCAGGUGGCAGCAUUGGCCAUUGCCAGUGGCAACGCUCUCCUCCUAAAGGGUGGCAAAGAGGCAACCAACACCAACCGUGUCCUCCACCGGCUUACCCAGGAGGCCCUGUCCAUGCAUGGAGUCACAGACGCUGUGCAGCUGGUAAAGAAAACAAUUAAAGAUGACUGCACUCUAAUAAGAAGGCAACACUAACCUUCUUCAUAGCUCCUUUCAAAGGGGAUUUAGACAUCCGGGUGAAACAAGAUCUGUCAAGCUUGAACUGUGCGUACUCUAAUCUGCUGUGGCUGACAAACCUGUCUCUCUUCUUACAAGGUGAGCACUCGGGAGGAAGUGGAGGAUCUCUGCCGACUGGACAAGAUGAUCGACUUGAUUAUCCCUCGAGGUUCAUCCCAGCUGGUGCGGGAUAUUCAGCGGGCAGCGAAGGGCAUCCCUGUGAUGGGUCACAGCGAGGGAAUAUGCCACGUCUACGUUGAUGCAGACGCCAGCAUCGACAAAGUCAUCAAAAUUGGUCAGCAUACUGAAAUGUUUAUUCGAGGUUCUUCACACACUGACAGUAUAUUGUAUGAACAAAUGACCGUAACUAAUUUAUAUACCCUGUUUUAUACAAUUGUGGCUAAUUAUCUUGGUUAGUAAUUGGCUCAUUUUUCCCUGCUCCAGUUAGAGACUCCAAGUGUGACUACCCAGCUGCCUGUAAUGCCAUGGAAACCCUGCUGAUUCACAGAGACAUCCUCAGAACUCCACUGUUUGACCAAAUCAUUGACAUGCUGCGCACGGAGCGGGUAAAGUGUCAAAUGCACAGACGAUAAUAACUCCUCAAAAACUUAUUCCUUAUGUGAAACCGUAUCAUUGUCUCAAAUUCAUCAAACAUUCAUCUAAUGAAAGAAAUAUGAGAGGAUUUGUGCUCUUAUUUAUCUCUUUGAAUGUGUACGACCACCAGGUGAAGAUUCAUGCAGGCCCUCGUUUUGCCUCCUACCUGACCUUCAGCCCAUCUGAGGCAAAGUCUCUGCGGACAGAAUACGGGGACCUGGAGUGCUGCAUGGAGGUGGUGGACAGCAUGCAGGAGGCCGUGGAUCAUAUCCACAAGUAUGGCAGCUCCCACACAGACGUCAUCGUCACAGAAAACGGUAGGUGGCCUCAUACUCCAGUGCCAUCUCUCUGCCUCAUUUUUUGUUAAAUACCUUUCACAUAUUUGCAUUUUAAAAGGGCAAAGUCUAGACUUCAAAGAAAUCUCUCAUUACCACACUUAAAUUAAACCUCUUCACAGAUCAGACACUGAACCUCACCACACAGUGCUCUAACAGCAACGUUCAGUCCUGGUCGGUGUUGUCCUGCUUUUUGCUUCUGUCUGGUACUCAUCAAGUUUCUGGUUCCUCCUCCUUUCAUUCCUUUUUCCACAUCCAUCUAACUUUCGGCCAUGGUGACUAAUGAGCAGUGACACUUUGUUGUCAGGAUGAGUGCACAGCCUCCCUGUGUGACUCAAACCGAGGGGACAGAGCCUGAUUUCAAAUGGAGAGCAUAUGCUAAAACACACUUUAAAGGACUUGUCACGUCAUAGCUUUGGGUCACGCUUAAACAUAUUUCUCUCUUUCAAAUGAGCCAUCACACUGAACCUCACCAACUCAUGCUGACAGAAACCGUUCUACUCUGUCUCCAGAGGAUUUGAUCAUGGUCGCUGCUUAAGACUAACAAACCAUCCUUUUUAGAAAACAUUCAUUUAGCAGCCAGUUUUUAACCCGAGAUAUUUCAUGAACAUCUGAGAAACAUUUUUAAAAUGUUUUCAGCAGGCAGAAAUAACAUUACAUACAACAUGGAUGGACUGCAACAAAGAAACCCUGAUCUCUUUAAAAUGCAGACUUAAAAGAAAGAUGGUCUUCAUACUUUCAUACGAGGAGCAAUUUUCAAAAUAUGCAAGACAAAGUAUAUUGAUUACCUUUUUACAUGAGGAUUGUUUUCCCCUGCAGUGGAGGAUGUGCUGCCAUCUAGUGGUUACAGAAGGUAUCCCAUGAAUGACGGGUUAAAAAACAUAGAUAGAUAGAUAGAUAGAUAGAUAGAUAGAUAGAUAGAUAGAUAGAUAGAUAUGGAUUUAGAGUUAAAAGGUAGAGAGAAUAUCUGUACAGACAUGCCCAUUGAUUAACUAAUUCAUUUAGAGAGCCAAAUGUAUAUUUUUAAGUGACCAUUUAACACGCUGACUAUAAUUUGAAAGCAUUUUGAUAACCCAGAUUUUCCUUUUGAUGCCACUUGGAGCUCUAGACUUUAAGAUAUAAUCCUAUCCAAGCUCCUGUAACUGAUAGGGAACAUGUUUUGGGGUAACAGUUCACAUGUCACACAGUUAAAGAGCUCAUGACUCCGGGUGUGUACUACAGAUGUUUCAGCAGCAGUAAUGAAUAUAAAUGAAAUGCUCAGAACUGAAGACACAUUUUUACUUUAGGCAAAGACAUGUGAUAAAUUUAAUCUCUUUCUUGCAGAGGACACAGCAGAGCACUUUUUGCAGCAGCUGGACAGCGCCUGUGUUUUCUGGAACGCAAGCUCACGUUUUGCUGAUGGCUAUCGCUUUGGACUUGGUAUGCUGCCGUCUCAUUUUCACAAGAGUUCACAUUCUCAUCUUGUAUCAUUUUUUAAUAUUUUCACGAUUGCUGUCUGUCUGACAAUGUGCUUGAUACCGAGUACAUGGUUCUCACUUGCUUUUUUCUCUGUCUGUCUUUGUCUUCAGGUGCAGAAGUAGGAAUUAGCACGGCCCGUAUCCACGCCCGGGGCCCUGUCGGCCUGGAGGGGCUGCUCACUACAAAGUGGGUUCUGAGAGGUGAUGGGCAUACAGCAGCUGACUUCUCUGAGCAUGGUACAAUGAAGUACCUCCAUGAAAGCCUACCUGUUGGGCAGCCUCUUGCAGGGCAGAGGGACAGCAACUAGACUAGAGAGGAAACUGAAGACUGACACGGUCUCAACCAUGGUCAGACCAAAAGUUCCCAAGGGGUUACUUUGUAGGUUGUUGCUCAAGUCAGUGUUUAAAACCUAAGAAGCACACAGCAUGGAGAGAGACACAUCAAUGGUCCGAUUUAUCAGCACAACCAGAAAGCUCUCAUAAAUCCAGACUGAAAUUUCCAGAAUUAAGAGUUUACAUGUGUUUUAGAUUCUACCUCAGGCUAUACUACUUUAAUGCAAGUACGGUAAGUCACCCUUAUAACCUCCUGAAAGAGGUUCACAACAUGAAAUACCUCCAUGGACAUUCAUUAAUCCAUCUAGGUGUUACUUUCUUUAAGACAAAGAAAAUGCAAAUGCUGGUUUUUAAAAUGCAGUCUCAGGACUGUAGUUCAUAAAAUAUUAUUGAUUCAUUUGAUUAAAUGCAAAUAUAAAAAAAUACAGUCAAAAUAUUCUUGACCACAACUGUUUAUGUAUUUAACUAGAAAAUUUUGCACAGAGCUCUUCAUAAUGUACAGGUAUCUCUCAAAUAAGCACACAGUCUUGAAGUGAUGAGUAAUGACUAUUAUCAUCUGGUGCUCUCUGUUUAUUUGACAACAUCUUUUAUUUUUCUUGCUAGCACAGACGGUUAGGUUUUCUGCAUAUUUAUGGAUCUACAGCUAAUUUAAAAAGACGGGUGCUGGAAUAGGACAUUUUAGACAUGGAUUAAAAAUCAUCAAAUUCGGUUUUAGGUUGUAUAAAUCUAACUCAAACAAGCUCAGGUUACCGGUUACCAGAUCGUAACUUCAUUAAUCUGAAGUAUGACCAACAUACAUUCAUCACACAGCAAUAGAAGCUCAAACUCACUACACGUGAUAAGCAUCCGUUUUAUUUACCAUGUUUUAUUUGUUUGAUCAUUCGUACAUGUUGUUCUUAUUUUUCCAUGCUUUGCUGCUUCCCUGCUUGUUCCUCAUGGCGCCCAAAGCCUCUGUCAGAGCAGGAACAGUAAUUGACAAGCUGCCUCCUUCAAGCUGGAGGGGAGAGCGCAACUGUUUUUAAAUGAAGCUUUGUAACAUUCCAGCCUCUGAGCUCUUAUCUGAUGUCUUGCAAUGCAACACUUAAGGACUGGUAUGAGCUGUUUAAUAGCACUACUGUAGAAUAAAAAAAGGGUUGAAAGAUU